AUGCCCAACGCUAUUCUUGCGCCCGACGACACGAAACCUGACAGACAAAGAACACAUAGAGUUUUUGAGGGUAGCCCCGUCGCAGACAGCGACCCAUCGACCGAUGAAUCUGAUCGAGCUAAACGACCACGUCUACACUACAGCGCUGCGCCUAAAGCCAGGAUCAACAUCGUGCGGGAGCUCAGCGUGGGCCUCAUCGUCGAUGCUGAUUUGCCCUUCUCUGUCUUCACGAAUCCAUACUUUGAGCAACUCGUCUGGCAGCUCGAUCCCCAAAUUGCUAGUCAGGUACCAUGGAGCCGACAAUCAAUGAGCCGACAUCUGAAUGAUGUCUACCAUGCCAAAAAGAGCGUUGUUGAACAAGAGCUCAGCCAUGCGCUCACCAAGAUCCAUCUGGGAUUUGACCGUUGGACGUCGCCUAAUCGUUAUGCUAUUAUGACUGUGACCGCCCACUUUCUCGAUCGGCAAGGGUGUCAUCAGAUGCGCCUGCUUGCGCUACGCCGUCAGUUAGGAUGUCAUAGUGGCGAGAAUCUUGUUUGCACUCUUCUUGAAGUCGUCAGAGAGUGGGGGCUGGGGGAUCGGGUCGGAGUUGUUGUAUCUGACAACGCCGCGACCAACGAUACAUGCCUCCAAAACUUUUACCCGAAUCUCGACUCGAGCAUGAAAGCAGCAGAUUGUGUCCAAUAG